AUGUCAGACACUUCAAUUGAUGCAGUACACCCUCGUUUUGCAAAGAAUACAAUGUUUUACAAUAAGGGUUUCAGAAUAGCCCUAGUGCAGAUGACAGUGGGUAUGGAUAAAAGUAAGAAUGUAGCACAGGCUGUCAAAGAGAUACAUAAGGCCAAAGAAGGAGGGGCACAUAUUGUUGCACUGCCUGAGUGUUUCAAUUCUCCCUAUGGAACAAAAUAUUUUAAUGAAUAUGCAGAAGAAGUACCUUGCGGCGAAACUAGUCUUGCCUUAUCAAAAGCAGCCGCUGAGGCCCAAGUAUUUGUAGUGGGUGGUACAGUACCAGAAAGGUUUGGCAACAAACUCUACAAUACUUGUACAGUGUGGGACAACAAGGGGACAUUGAUAGCACAACAUCGAAAAGUGCAUUUAUUUGAUAUAGAUAUUCCCAACAAGAUCACAUUUAAGGAGUCAGAAGUUUUGAGUCCGGGUGAUAAACUAACAGUGUUUGAAUUUAAUGGUGCCAAGAUUGGUCUCGGUAUAUGCUAUGAUCUUCGUUUUGCUGAGAUGGCACAUAUCAUGGCAAAAGAGGGCUGUGGUCUCUUAAUAUACCCGGGUGCAUUUAAUAUGACAACUGGGCCUAAGCACUGGGAGUUGUUGGGCAGGGGCCGAGCUACAGACCAACAGCUAUGGGUGGCGCUAGUGAGCCCCGCGAGGGACACUACGGCUGGGUACGUCGCGUGGGGUCACUCCACUCUGGUUGACCCGUGGGGCGAAGUCGUCGCUAAGCUUGACGAAAAGCCGGGGACGCUUAUAUAUGAUAUUGAUCUGUCAAUAGUGGAAGAAGUAAGAAGUUCUAUUCCAAUAAGACUUCAAAGGAGAACCGAUAUCUAUGACACUGUUAGAAAAAAUUAA